AUGGUUGGUAUAGGUUUGACGACAUUUUUCGGCGAGUCCUUGGUUGCGGGAUGCGACGAUGAUGGGUUUUGCAAGUCGGUUGCCCAUCGGCGCCCCCCUGACCCUCGCAAGAUGUGGAGACCAGAGGUGCCCACAUCGGUACCAGUACCUCAUCGGUACCUCAUCAGCUCCCAAGCUGUAGAGCUUUGCAGGGUGCGAAUGCGAGGGUGGGUGGACCUCACAACAGGGACAGACUUGCGGGAAUACUUUGAGAAUCUGUACCGCGAAGGAGGGGAAUUUGUCCACUGCGACUACGAGGAGAUUCCAGAUGCGGUUUUGCACACUUGGCUUCACAAACCCACUGGCAUCCAGAUCUGGAGGGAUGUCAUCGAUUUGACCAACGGAGGGAUGUCACAAGUGCUGUUUCAUUACACGGAUGAAUUGGCCUUCCGCAAUAUCACGCAUCCCAGAAAGGAGGCCUCUGAGAUUUGGGCGUCAUUGAACACGGAAGGGCCCAAUGCCAAUGCGUGGUGGGGCAGGGGGGUCUAUACGGUUCCAUUGCCCCCUGACCGGUGGCAAGAUCGUGAAGAACUACUUGACAACAACUUCCGCAACAUGAUGCGGCGAGAUGAGUUGGACCAGGAAAGAGGUGCAGAGUACGUGAAGCGCGAAUACCCCAAGAGGGCUGCCUUUUGUGUGCCCAUCUUGGUCAACCCUUCCAAUGCCUUUGACGUGUCCAAGCGGGCCACCCCAGAAAUGGAGGCAGCCGGGAAGGAGCCGGGUCGAAAUCUGGUUGGAAAGCUGCUGAACGAGCCGGGCAUGCCUCCAAGAUGUUGCAUUGUGGUCCAAGUCUUUGGUGAAGAUGGCGCAGCAAGCGUCCAACAUGCCCGUGGACGUUUGCUGGACGCCCUGCGCAGCCGAGCGAGCGCGGCUCAGGGCGACGUGCGGGCGCUUCGGCGGGUCAAGUGGAGGCUCAGCUCGGUGUUGCAACACCGCGGUUUCUACGAGGAGGCGCUGCCCAUGUUGCAGGAACUCCUUCGAACGGGCGAGGAAAGUGAGGGGCCUGAGAGCCCACAAGCUUUGGCGAUCGCCAACAACUUGGCGUUGGUCUGGGAGCAGAUGGGCCACUUCGCGGAGGCGGAGAAGUUGCAUCGUUCCACUUUGGAGGUGAGGGGUAGGACCUUGGGACGUGAGAAUCCCAAUACCUUGAAAUCCGUCAACAACUUGGCCAACGUUUUGCAGAAGAUGGGCCAGUUCACGGAAGCUGAGCAGUUGCAUCGUCGGGCCAUGGAGGCUAGGGAGAGGGCGCUGGGCGCCGAGCAUGCGGAGACGCUGAACUCGAUCAGCAACCUGGCCUCGGUGCUGAAAGAGAUGUCUCAAUACCUGGAGGCUGAGGAAUUGACACGAAGGGUCUUGGAGGCCAGAGAGAGGAUCUUCGGCCCCGAGCAUCCAAAUACGUUGCUCUCCGUCAACAACCUAGCCAAUUCCUUGAAGAAGGUGGGCCGGUAUGAAGAGGCUGAGGAGUUGAGUCGACGAGCUGUGGAUGCUUGUGAAAGGACUUUAGGUCCCGAGCAUCCUCGGACGCUGGCCUCCCUCGACACUUUGGCAGCUAUCCUAAGUGACCUGUGCCGCUACGAUGAGGCUGAGAUCUUGAGUCGAAGAGCGGUGGAUUCCUUUGAAAAGGCUUUAGGUCCGGAACAUCCUUAUACAUUGGUUUCACUGGAGACUUUGGCACAGAUCCUGGCCAACAUGGGCCAAGGCAGCGAUGCGGAGACCUUGUAUCGACGAGUGCUGACGGCGUACGAAAGAACUCUUGGGGCAGAGCAUCCCAAAACAAUCAGAUCUCACCAGAGCUUGAUGGCUCUUGAGAACGCCCUUCCGGCGGCCCAGGUGGUGCUGGUCGAGUCAGAGGCAGAGGAAGCACGCAACACUCCGUGUGAGGCUUCGUGA